CCGGAAUAGAAAUGUGCUGCACCAGCAGCACGAAUAGAAUGACGUAUGUUAUUGAACAACACUUGGAAAAGGUACUGCAAGGUGGAAAGGUGCUGCUAGUUCCAGUGAUACUUUCAGGGGGCGUCGAUUGGAUUAAUCGCGGUGAUGGCUUUUAGGAGAGGAUUAGUUCUGUUGCUGUUGUUUUUGCUCGGUAUCAGCUGUUUGAAGACAUCAAGAGAUAUUUUCGAGGUUAGUUUAGGACUGGAAGCGGGUGUAACUAGCUCGAAAAGUACAGCUCAAAGUUCAAGCGUCUUCGAUGAGGAAAUGCAAACCUGUGCCGAUGAUCUCAUUCCGAAUGAAGCUUUGCCGUUGGAAGAGUUCCAACUUCUAGGCAGUAAGGUGUUGAACAAGGUCAAAGAAGUUCCUAAGCCACCACCACUUCCAGACUUGACACUUGUCAAGGAUCAAAUCGUCAACAUUUUUCAUAUGCCAAAUUUCCAAGAGGGGAUGAACAAUCUAAGGAAUAUGAUUGAGCAACACAAAAAGAUACUGGAUACUUACGGCGAGCAGUGGCUGGGGUUCUUCAAGAAAACUCAAACCGAAAUGGUGGAGAAGGUAAAACAGGAAAUUCAGAAACAGAACAAGGAAGUUACAGCUUUCUUCAACAAACAUCUGUCCGAGUUCGACGAAGUAUGCAAACCGGACGCGGAGAAGUGUCUCAGCAACAUUGAAAACCAUUUGGAAAUCUAUCAAAAGAAGCUGAACGAAAACGUCGGAGCUUGCAAGGAAUUUGCCGAACGACAACUGCAGCAACACGAACAGUGGAUUAAGAACGAACAAGACAAACUCAGCAAGCCACUGCUAGCCAUUCAGGGAUGCUUCGACACGAAUCGGCUACUGAGUAGCAUGGCUUCGUGCUUCGGGAAUUUGAUCAGUAACGUCAUCAGCAAGCUGACGGAGGGACUGCAAACGUUUGCUGCCGCGAUGGGUUCGGCAUCCGAAAGUUUGCAGACCAGGAUGGGCAAGUUCCAGUCCUGCGUUGUGGAUCGGAAAAAGUUGCUGGACAGGGGCCGAGACAAGCUGGCGGCCAAGGCGGCCGCUUGUUUGGAGAAGGCUCCGAAGGAUGCGGGUGCCGGUGUUUUUUCGGAUUGAUGUGAUUUGCGCAAUAA